CCUCCUUGAGUGGCCGGGCGCCACUUCCCCUUCCAGUCGGCUUCCGCCCGCUGGCUUCCGUCCGCUGGCUUCCGGCUUCUGUCCAGCUUCCCUCUGCUUUCGCCGGGCGCCACCCGCGGGCAGGGGACGAAUGCUACCAAAACGGCGGCGAGCGCGGGUCGGGACCCCGGACACCGCCCCCUCCUCCGCGGCACGCUUCCCUGGGGUCACUGUCUACCUGGCUGAGCCACGCAUGGGCUUCCUCACACGCCUGGCUCUCUCCAAGGGCUUCCGCGUCGUAGACGCCUACAGCUCAGAGGUGACACACGUCAUGAUGGAGGGGACCUCAGCAGAGGAGGCCGUCUGCCAGCAGGAGCGCAGGACGGCGGCCCUUCACCCAGGAUGCACCUGCCCAGUGCUCUUAGACGUAAGCUGGUUCACGGAGAGCAUGGCGGCUGGGCAGCCAGUCCCUGUGGAGUGCCGGCACUGCCUGGAGGUGGCUGUGUGCGGGAAGGGGCCGCCACGCCCAGCAUGGAGGUUGCCCUGUGCCUGCCAGCGCCCCACACCCCUCACGCACCACCACGCCGGCCUCUCGGAGGCUCUGGAGAUGCUGGCGGAGGCUGCGGGCUUAGCCAGCAGUGAGGGCCGCCAACUCUUCUUGUGCAGAACGGCCUCAGCGCUCAAGGUCCUUCCCAGCCCGGUCACGGCCCUGAGCCAGCUGCGUGGCCUGGCCCACUUUGGAGAACACUCGUGCAGGGUCGUCCAGGAGCUGCUGGAACGCGGAGUGUGUGAGGAGGUGGAGAGAGUCCGGCUCUCGGAGAGGUACCAGGCCAUGAAGCUCUUCACUCAGAUCUUUGGGGUCGGGGUAAGGACCGCUGACCGGUGGUACCAGGAGGGGCUGCGGACGCUGGACGACCUCCGAGAGCAGCCCCAGAGACUGACCCAGCGGCAGAGAGCAGGACUCCAGCACCACCAGGACCUGAGCACCCGGAUCCUGCGGUCAGAUGUGGAGACCCUGCAGCAGGCGGUGGAGGCAGCCGUGGGGCAGGCCCUUCCUGGGGCCGACCGGCGGCUUCUGGAGUCAGACUGGCCCCCUCCGGGCCACGACGUGGACUUCCUCAUCACCCACCCCCAGGAGGGCCGGGAGGCAGGGCUGCUGCCCAGAGUGAUGUGCUGCCUGAAGAAGCAGGACCUUGUCCUGUACCGCCAGCACCAGCGCAGCCGGCAGGCAGACGACCCCACCCACCUGCCCCGGCAGAGCUACACCAUGGAUGCCUUCGAGGGGACUUUCUGCAUUUUCCACCUGCCACAACCCCCAGGGGAUGCUGGGGGCGCCCAGAGGCCUUGCCCCACCCCGACCACCUGGUGGUCACCCCCAUCAGCCAGUUCCCCUCUGCGCUACUCGCUACUCGGCUGGACUGGCUCCAAGCGUUUCGAGCGGGAGCUGCGCCGCUUCAGCUGGAAGGAGAGCGAAGGGCUCUGGCUGAACAGCCAUGGUCUGUUUGAUCCGGGGCAGAAGAUGUUUCUCCACGUGGCUUCAGAGGAAGACAUCUUCAGACUCUUGGGCCUUGAGUACCUUCCCCUCCAGCCGAGAAAUGCCUGAUCCUAUUAGCUGGCCCCCACUUCUGCUCUCUGGAAAUGGAGGGUGCCAUUUGAGCCAGAUGCUGUGGGUGUUCUGGUCCCUGAAUGUUUCCAGGUGGAAGAUGCACUGCUGCCCCAAGUCCUCACCCCUCCCAAGUGGGAGCCCUGUCUGUGUGGACCGCCAGCCCCCGACAU